AUGCGCGAGAUCAUUUCUUUGCAGCUUGGAUCGCUCGCCAACUACACCGGGGCUCAUUUUUGGAACUUUCAGGACGAGGCCCUUGGCCAAGCUGUCAGCAGCGGUGGCGGCUGCACUGAUGAUGACGUGCUGUUUGCUUGGUCGGAGGACCGGCAAGGGGCGCUCAGCUAUUACCCGAGGACGGUGAUUCUGGAUGUGAGCGGCGCAACCGGAGGCGUCGCGUUCGGGCCCGACGCGCGCAGCGGCGCGGCCGCCGGCGCGGCGGGCGUCUCGACGUGGGGCGGCGGCGUGGAGGUGUUUGCGUCGGGCCCCAUCCCCAAGAGCUCCUUCGUGCAGCAGCUGGAGGCGCAGGCCGCCGUUGACUUUGACCGCGAGCCUGAGUCUGCUUUUGCCCGCCACCAAGCGGCCCUUGAGGAAGCCGCCCGGCAGCUGGAUGCGCCCCACCCGCCCGGCGGCGCAGCGGCCUCCCAAUCCAGCGCCAGCCGCGGCGUCAGGUUCUGGACUGACUACCUGAAAGCGCGGCUGCACCCCAGGAGCGUGCAGGCGCUGCCCGGCGUGUGGCAGGGGGCGUCGGCGGCGUUUGAGGGUUAUGGCGCCGCCGAGGCGCUGCCGCAUGGCACGCGGGCAGUGGUGGAGGGGGUGGUGGACGGGGCGCGCUGGUGGAGCGAGCAGUGCGACAGCAUACAAGGCGUCCAGUUGUUCUCUGACGAUUUGACGGGCUUCGGGGCCCUCUCCAGGUCUGUGCUUGACGAGCUGCGCGAGGAACUUCCCGGCGUGAAGAUCCUGCACUUCUCGCUGAGAAGCUCGGGCCACGAGGGCGGCCGGGAGGCGGGAGGCGCUGCCGGGGCCGCCGCUGGCGGUGGCGGCGGCGGCGGCGGCGUUGCGGGCGUCAUGGCUGCGCUGAGCGACGCCCUGGCCUGCGCAGAGCUGUCAGAGCGCGUGUCCCUGUACAUGCCCCUCUGCCUGCCGCCGGCGGCCGCGCGGCAGCUGCCGCUGCUGCGGCUGCCGCCGCGGCCGAGCGCAUACCACGAGGCGGCGCUGCUGGCGGCGGCGGUCGACACCCUCACGCUGCCGUUGCGGAUGGCGUCCUCGACAUCUGCGGUCGGCGCGCCCAUCGGCGCGACAGACAUGCACUCCUGGGUGAACCUGCUCACCGGCCACGGCGGCGCCAACUUCGCGGCAGCUGCCAUGCAGCUGCCCGCGGGCGCUGCUGGUGGCGACGACUGGGCCGCGCAGCAGAGGGGUGACACGCGAGUGGCAGAGGCUCAGCAGCAGCCCCAGAGGGCCAGCGGCGGCGGCGGCAACGGCGGGCCGGCGGCUGGCACGGCGGGCGCGGAGCAGCAGCGGGCGGCGUACCAGCUUUCGACACUGCGGCACGCUGCCGUGCUGGCGCCCGGGCCCGCGGCGGCGCUGCGGCUGGCGCCUGCCUCCUCCUUGGCGGAGUCUGUCGUGCUGAGGGGCGCUCUGCUGGCAGAGGGCAGCGGCAGCGGCGGCGGCGGCGGUGGCGCGGCUUCAACGUCACCGGCGGCGGCGGCGGCGGCGGCACUAGAUAGCGCUCUAAGGUCCGAGCCGCAGCGCCGCUGCGUGGUGCACCGGUGCGUCGCGGCGGCGCCGCUGCCGAUCCCGCUGCCAUUCCCAGGCAUUUUCGGGCCGCACGUUGGCCCCGCGGGCGGCGUUGUCUCGGAGUGGGCCCCCGGCGGGGCGGUGUCAGACGGCGCAGCGGCAGGGGCGGGGUGCGACGGGCGCCACGUGGCGUCGUGCCCAGUGCUGACGCGUGUCGCCGCUUCUUCGGACUUCGAGGCGUGGCUGCAGUCCCGCGCGCACGGCUUGCGGCGCGCGUCGCGGUCGGCGUCGGGGCGCAGCGUCUUGGACGGGUGGGGCUACGGCGCCGGCGAGGUGGAGGAGGUGGAGGAGCGGCUGCGGCGGCUGGCGGGCAGCUACUCGGAAGCUUCGUCUGACGACGGCCUCGACUGA